AUGGAGAAUCUUCUUUUUCCUUUGAAUAGCGUUAGUGCCGCAUGGCUGAACACCAGCUUCACCACCUGGGCGAUAGACAUGAUCCUUCACCCAAAGGUGAAGAAGAAAAGGAAGAAGAGCGACAUUCUGAAAGAUUAUAGUGAUUUCUGGAAAAAAGUGGAAGAGACUAAAGAUCUGCUUUUACUUCUACAAAGCCACCUACAGAAGCUCCAGGAUGACAGCACCUUUCACCAGCCCUUAAGAAGAGAUGACCCAGAUGAGAUGUGCAAACCAGGCAAGCGUCCUCUGCUCCUGGCCUCUGCUCCCUCAGCAGACCUAAUGACUUCCUCAGAUACUGUUGAGACUCACUCAUCCCUGAGUGCCUCUCAGUCUCCAGAGUCUGUGAUUCCUCUAGAAGGACGUGCACCUCAGCCACGUGGACUUUCCUCUCCCCCAUCUCGUCCUCCUGAUCCCAUGGCCCAUCAUAUAUCUCUGCCAGGCCCCAGCCUGAUUCCUCCUCAGUGUGACUCAAUGACACUCUCACUGGGAACCAGUCCACAGAGCGCCUCUCCACCCAACAACUAUUGGCUGUCUUCUCCUGUGCCAAUGUCAUCUGCUGUUCUACUGCCAUCCCCCGGCCUAUCGCCUUCUCCUGACCCAUCGCCCUCUCCUGGCCCAUCAUCACCUCCUGUCCCAUUGCCAUUUCCUAUCCGAUCGCCAUCUUCUGUCUCAUCAACUUCUCUUGGCACUUUGCAUUCUCCAGUCAAAUUGCCACCUCCUGUCCCAGCAGUCUCAGGCCAUGUUCUCUCCACCUGUCCCAUCUCAUCCCUCUCCUCGUGGCAGAUGGCCGCCAGAGUCUGUGGCUUCUCCUGCUCCCCACACAGUGAAUCCAAGAGAGAUCAUGCUCCCCACCCACCAGAGGACUCACUCUGGGCAAACGGCCCACUCUCGCAGGUAGAGGCUGAGGGGAAAUCUUUCAUUAACCCUGGUGUCCAGAAACUGCUGGAGAUACUGAUCAGCAAGGGAGCAGAAAUGAAGACAAAAGAUGAACAGUCCACUCCCUGAAUUCUGGGAAGCACAGUACAGUCCCUGGGCAGGGAGCAGGACACCACCAUCCCACAACCCUUCUGGAACACAAAAGGCAAGCCAAAGAAGCUUUCUGUUCCUCAGCAGCUCUUUUACACCAAGGUCCUGGGGGACCAUUUACAGCAGAAAUGCAUCCAGCUCUUUUGGGGCCUCCCCAUUCUGCACAGCGAGUCCCUGGUGGCUACUGUCAGCAUGUCUGAGCCCUCAGCAGACUUUUCCUCCAUUGCAUUCAAUGAAGUGCCUAAUUACUUUCCAGGGAAGGUGCAGGCUGCACCUGGGCCACUCUUUGCCUCCCAGUUGCUCCACCCACUUGUCCAACUCCAGCCUGGGACUCCAACCUUGUCCUGGUCCCAGUCCCCACCGCUGGCUCAGAUCCACCAUCAGGACCAUCUCCCAUCAUCUCUCCCAAGCCUGCCAUGCCAUCUUCCUCUGAAUACUGCCUGUGGAUUUCCAUGCCCCACAAGCCAAGAGGGGACCCAGUUACUUUCCCCUUCUCUUCAACACCUUAAAUAUGAACACUUGAGGAAACAACUAGAAAUUGGAGAAGCUUUACCUCAUUCGUUCCAAAAGUCUCAGAACAUCUUUAGCCAUCUCACUUCAGAGAACAGGGCCUCCUGUGACCACAAGCCCCCAGGGGAUUUCCCGAGCCUUGAUCUUCAAGAGAAACUGGAUCAACACCUUCAGAAGAGGUUCAUGCUACAUCAGUAUGGACUACCACCCAAUAUGGACCCAUUUCUGAAUCUGACGGAGUCCUGGGAUAACAUCCCAAGGAUAGAUCAGGCAAAGGACAGUUGUGAGUCUUCAUGGAACUCAGUGAUUCCAGACAACAGGAGCCCUGCUGUACAGAGGGCUGGUUCUGAGAGGCCAGAGAUAAUACAAGAGGGCACGAUUCCUGUGGGUGUUUGUAAUUCCAGGCUUGGCACAUACCAUGUCUCUGUCCUACCUGGAAGUUCAAACACCCAGAAGGAAACUUGGGGUGGACCAACCUUAAAAGGUGGGGAAGCCUUCAGGAACACCUCCCAGGUGCUCUCCCUCCUUGAUGCUAGCAUUCGGCAGGAACUGGAGGCACAUGUUACAAGUCUAAGAGUGAGGCACAGGUGGGGCCUACCCCUCAGGGUCCUCAAGCAUAUUAAUAUCUUGAAGAUGAGGAACUCUGAGGCUUCACCACCUCCACAGCCUGCCCUUCCCUCUUCAGCCUCCUAUGACUCCAGGGCUAACCCCAUUGCCCAUGAUGCCAAGGUCCUGAGAAAACCCACUCAGAAAGGUCCAGGACUGAAGGAGGUAGCACAAACUCCAGUUCCCACCCAGAGGAGUCCUCUCUCUGGCCCCUCUUUUGAGUCCCUGAGCAGAAUUCCAUCUGGUGACAACGGUGGGCUCCCAGAUGCUCCUUCAACUGCACAUGAAAGCAGCCUGCCCUCUCAGCCCCACACUUACAUUCUCAUGGGCAGAACCUGGAACAAUGGUACUGUCCUGGGAUCUGCAAGAGACAGUCUGGAACCAAGUCCAAGCCUAGAAAUGGGCAGACAGGAAUCCCUGGGGAGUGGAAGUAUGAGCUCACAAGUCUCAUGCCACAGCCUGCCAUCACUUCAGGUAGGGUCCGAAGUUAUAAAGACUGAAGAAGUCAGAGAGCUGGAGGAUGAUGAGGAGGAGUCUUCUAAAUGGGGAAUCACCAAGGAAACCAGGAAGACUUCAAACUUCCCUAAUGUUCAUAUUAAUUCCCUAGGGAGUUUAGAAUCUCAGGGGACCAGUGAAGGACCCCCCUCUUCUAUAAGUUCUAUUUCCCAGGGCCAAGAAUACUCAUGCCUGAAAGCACAGACUGAGCCAAAGAACCAGCCUCAAGAACUGGCUACAGGUGUCAACCUGCAAGACUGUGCCACUGACAAGUUUCAUCAGGACUGUGCCCCUGAGGUGCUCCUGGCUGAAGACAUCCUAGCUUCCCAGGAGAGACAGUCCAACACUCUAAACAUGUCCAGUAGGAGUGCAUCAACUUCUCAGUGUGGACUCAGUGAAGACAGCAUCCAGGACCUGCAGGGACCCAAGAUCCCUGAGCACCAGGAUCCAGGGAAGAGCAGGAGAAAUACGUUUAGGCCAACUGCCAAGAGGGCGGACAGCGUGAGGCCCAGGUCAGGAACACAGGGAGAAAGGCUUUCAGAAGGGAGGCCCUCCUGUGCUGGGGAAAUGGGCCCCUCUGUCCCAGUUAUGGAGGUAGGGGACACUGUGGGGGACAAGUCUUCCCAGGCUCCUUCAAAGGGAAACUUUGGAGACAGAAUAAAGAACUUUCUGCAAAAUAUCUUCCCCAGUAAAGCCAAAGAGCAGGCAAACUCUCUACCCCAAAUCAUGAUCCCAUCAACUACUACCCAAAGCCAAGGGUCAGUCACAAGCCAAGUGCUUAUAGACAAUGCAGUGUCAGAAGCCCAGGCAUUCAUGACUACUUUUGGAUGGAUCACAGAUCAGAAAAUGAUGUUUCAUGAUGAACAUUCGGCCUCAAAGAAAAACACACUUAAAGAGGAACAGCAGGCCUCUAUGGGUAGACAAUCCCAUUAUUCUAGCUGUUCCUCCUCCCUGGAACAAAGAAGAGGGAUGGGAGCUAUGGCUCAUGGUCACCAGGCCAGCCUCAGGGUCAGCCAUCCUCUGAACAGGUGGAUCAGAAACCCGGACAACAAUCCGGCCUUGCUGCUUAAGAAGUCUGCACCUCUGCCCAGCCCCUGCCAGCAGAGGUCCAGGGUGGCAGGUAUCUCAGGCCACAGUGUCCACUGUCCAAGGCACUGUGCUCUUCAGAGACAUUUGCUGUCUCAUCAGCAUCAACAUGCUUCCCACUCCUGUCCUGCUGGGAAGAAGUUUUUCCCACAAUUCAGACCACACUGAGAGAAACUGUCCUCAUGUGAGCCCAGCCUUUGUUUGAUAAUGGCUUAUUUCUAAUGAGGUGAUGAUGGCUUAAUAACACUGUUUUCUUAAACCAGA